UGAUGUUAUAUUAAAUUAAUUUCGUUUGUUUACAUGUCAUAAAAUCGUGGGAUUUUCAAUUAUGUUAAAAUAAUUAUGAGGACGUUAUAGUAUUUUAAAAGUAGUAAAAUAGAUAAUACAAGUAUUAUCUUGGAUGGUGUGCCGGGUGUGUUAAUUAUAAAGUAAAAUGGGUAUAACAGGUCUAAUACCCUUCCUUGAGAAAGCUUCAAGAAGGGCUAAUGUGGGUGAGUUUAGCGGUUGCUCCGUGGCAAUAGAUACUUAUUGCUGGCUCCAUAAAGGAGCUUUUGCUUGUGCAGAUAAGCUGGUACGCGGUGAAGAGACUGAUGUACAUAUAAAAUACUGUUUAAAAUAUGUGACAAUGUUGCUUUCAAAGAAUAUAAAGCCAAUUUUAGUGUUUGACGGACGCCAUCUGCCCGCAAAGGCAAUGACAGAAUUAAAGAGGAGAGAAUCUCGGGAUAUAUCAAAGAAAAGAGCUGCAGAGCUAUUGAGCUUAGGGAAGAUUGAAGAGGCAAGAUCGUUCAUGCGUCGGAGUGUAGAUAUCACCCAUGCAAUGGCUCUAGCAUUGAUCAAGGAGUGCAGGAAACGCAACAUAGACUGUAUAGUGGCCCCGUACGAAGCCGACGCACAACUGGCGUACCUCAACGUAAAGAAUUACGCGCAACUGGUUAUCACUGAGGACUCCGAUCUCAUACUGUUUGGUUGCACAAAGGUACUUUUUAAAAUGGAUCUCGAUGGCACUGGUACUCUAGUUGAAACAGCUAAACUUCCUCUUGUCAUGAAAUGCCCGAUAGAACACUACCAGUUCAGUAAGUUCCGGCGGAUGUGCAUUAUGUCCGGCUGCGAUUAUUUGGCGUCCUUGCCCGGCAUUGGGUUGGUCAAGGCGAGACAGUUUGUUACUGCGUCACAAGAUUCGGAUUUUGCUAAUGCACUUAGAAAACUGCCGAGCUUCUUCAACAGAUCUAAUUUGACAGUGACAGAUGAGUAUAGAGAGAACUUUUUGAAAGCAGAGGCUACGUUCAAACACCAGUUUGUUUAUGAUCCUACCGAGAGGAGAAUGGUUCGACUCACUGAACCUGAUGAUGAAGAUAUUGAGAUAGCGUUGUGCGUUAAUGCCGGUGAGCUGUUGGACGCUAAAGUCGCUUUUCAGUUGGCUUUGGGAAACAUUGAACCUUUUACACUUAAGAAAAUGGACAGUUGGGACCCUGAUCACCGAGAUGUGGCUGUGGACAGCAAUAUAAAAACCAGCAGCUGGAAAGAGAAAGGUAUAGCAAACCAUCCGAGCAUAUGGAAUAAGAGCUUCACACAGUACUUAACUGAGAGCAGUCCUUGGAAGAAAAAGGUCAAGAAAGUUGAGCCGAUCAUAUCUGCACCACAGACCAGGGCAAAAAAGAAAGUUGUGACCUUAGUCAGCAAGUAUGUGCCAGAGACGCAGGAUGAAAGUUUAUCAAUAGAAACCUUAACGAGUAUGUAUUGUAAAGAACCGGCGAUUAAGAAGCAAAAAUUCGAUGCCGAAAACGAUACUCAAUACAUCGAGACAUUCACUCAAGACGAAUAUAACAUGGCAACGUCCGAUACAGAAAUAACAAGAAGUCUUCCACAGAAAAAUAAAUCACCAAUUUUAGAAAAUAGACAGAGAUCCUACAAGAAAUACCUCGAGCAAAGAAGUAACACGCUUUUGAAAAAACUGAGUCGAUUUCCCAGAACAGUAUUAGACGAAAAUGUUAUUGAGAGCAAAUUUUUCAAUGAACCUAAAGAUUUGGGCAAUAAAUUUGAAAAUAGUGUGACCAUAGAAGAAUCACCUGAAAAAUGUGUUAAUACCGUCGAAGGAGAUAGAAAAUCGAAUCUUGACUGUGAAUUGAUUAUUGAAACUCAGUGUACGGAUAUUGAUUCACAAAAAGAGAAUUAUUUGAGUCCAAAAGUGGCUCAAAUAAGUCAAAUUUUGGAAUCCAGUCCAAAAACUAGGAAUCCAUUUAAACUGACACCAUCACAAUGUUCAGAAAACGAUCCGGAGGGAUCACAUAAAGAGAAGAGUCCAAAAACUUUACAAACGAGUCCGAUUUUGUUAUCUAGUCCUAUAAAUAAGAACCCUUUUAAAUUGAAACCUAGUUGUUCAGAAAACGAUUCAGUGUUAGAGGAUUCUCAAGCAUUUAAUUCUUUGAGUCAAAAGAGUCCAAUUUUGGUACGAAGUAAUACAUUUAAGUUCAAGGAAGCUCAGUUGUCAUCUGAUACUGGUUUUAGUGAGUCGGUCAUAGACAACACAUUUCCUUAUGAGGAUUUGGUAGUGCCAGUCGACCCUGAGGUAACUAAGUCGUUAUACUUCAGUGAUUCGCAAUCGCCACCAAAAGUGUCUUCGCAACCGUGCUUAGACAAGUUCAAACAUGGUGUCAAGAAACCGACAUGCCGAGUGCCGGGUUUGAGGAAAACCGCCUCUCUGCCGUCCAACCAACCAACUUUGUUGAGCAAGUUUGGCUUCCAGAAAAAGUAA